GCGUCUUCGUGAUGAGGUCCAACAGCUACAAGGGGAACGAGAUCGUCUUGCAAGGACGUGAUCGGACUACAGAGGAUCGUGAAGUAUACGUGAUCGGACUACAGAGGGUCACCAACUACGUGAUCGGGCUUCUGAAGGUCAUGAGGGGCGCGUGCGGUCUGCUGAAGGCCGUUACCAAAGACGAGAUCGCUCUACCGAAGGCCUUCACCAAGGACGUGAUCGGGCUUCAGAGGGUCACCAAGGACGUGAUCGGGCUUCAGAGGGUCACCAAGGACGAGAUCGGGCUUCAGAGGGUCGUUAUGUGUCCAGUCAUGAUGUUGGCGAUAGAGCUCUACGUGAUCAACAGCGACUUCCUUCCGAACUUGAUCCACCAAAGGAGCAGGAGCAAGAUGGUCCAGUUGAAGCAGAUGGAGAAGAAGUCGGACAUGCCGGAAAUUGUCAAACCGGGCAUUUCUUCUCUCCCAGCUCUGAGCUCGCCGGGCCAAGACACGAGUCCUGUCGACAUACAGGAUUGGUUGGAGGAAGUCGGAGGUGUGAUGACUGACUUGAGCGACUCCAGCUGGGAGUGGUGGCUUCAGACCCGGGACUUGGCGGAAGAACACUACCGCAAGUGGGUAAAGUCUACGCCCAUGGAGAAGAUCUCUUUGUCGAUGCCGAAGAGUCCGAGUCUGGAGCAGGGCCGUUAUGGGAGAGUGAAUGCGAGAGCGGCGGGAAUGGUGCUUGCCGCGCUCCCUCAGGAGGUGAAGUCUGAGAUGAUCACGAAGAAGGUGACGGGAAGCACGGCAAGUUUGAUCUUCAGGCUCCUCACGGCGUACCGGCCAGGAGGGGAAAAGGAGAAGACCUUGUUGCUGCAGCAGCUCACGGCUCCCGAACCGGCCAGUACGGCAGAAGAAGCGGUACAGGGACUACGACGCUGGGGCCGGUGGCAUUCUCGUGCAAAGGACCUCACAGUGACGGUUCCGGAUCCGGUCUUGAUGAUAAAGGGCCUUGCGGUGAUCGUCUCUGGAGUUCUGAGCCGACAUCAAGAUGUGUGGCUGCGCACUUCAAUGGUGCGUCAGAAGCUGCAACUAGACAGCAAUCCCAGCGAGGAGUCUACCUUGGACUACCAUAAGCACCUGCAGGAGCGCUACUACGACGGCAGAGCAGUCAACUACGGCGCCUACGGCAACCUCCUCUACUACCACACCGGCGGCAAGGCCCAAGGCGUCACCUACCAAGGACAAGGCGUGCAAGUGGCGGGCAGAUGCCUGGUAUGCUCAAGCACGGGCCAUCUCAAGAAGGACUGCCCGGUGAAGGACAAGGGAGAGUUGAAGCAGAUGUUGGCGGAUGCGUCCAAAAUGUUGAAAACCAUGAUGGCCAACAACCCUUCCGGAACCCCGGCGGGAUCAGCGACAACUCCGUCGUUUGAGUCUAUCCAGAGGCAGUUAGAUGAGCUGCGGCUGAAGUCUAUGACCGUGGACAGCGCGUCAAGGGGAGCUUCGAGUUCUACGGGUUCCUCCUCACGGCCGCCUACGUAUGAAGAGAUACAAAGGCAGCUGGACUCCCUGAGGUUGAAGGUUAUGAAGGUCACUAGUGCCGACGGCGAAGAUAAGCAAGGAACCCUGUUGGAUUCGGGAUCUACGCAUGUGCUUCGACCAGCCAAGGAUGAAGAAGAAUGCCGUGACUGUCAGCAGGUCUUUGUUACGCUGGCGGGAGAUGAACAGCGGCUUCUCAACCAGACAACGAGUGGAAGCAUCAUCGUGGAGCCCAGCAAGUCCAAGGAUGUUCAGUCCAUAAUCCCGUUUGGGAAGGUCAUCGAAUGCUUGGGGUGUACCUUGAAAUGGUCUAAGGGCGGCUUUUACCUCCACCACCCCAAGUUCGGCCGCAUAAAGACCCAUGUUCGAGCAGGAUGUCCAGAGAUCACUGAUGCAGGUCAGGCGGCAGCGAUCAUCGCCGAGCUUGAGAUGAAGAAGGUUGCGGAGCUCAAGGAAAAGACACGGGAGCUUCAGGAUCAGCUCACUGCGAUUCGGAUGCUCGAGGACCGCAAGGCUGAUUGGAGAGUGUUGUUGGGAAGGUAUUCGGAACAAGGGUGCGCGGCUGAUGGUUUGCAGGCCUUGUUCACCUCCCCGGCGUUUGUCAGAAUGCCCAACGAGUUGAGGACCCUGGUUGCCCCGGAGAUGAAUUGCUCACCCGAUGCGGGCUGGGACUACCUUAAGCUCCUACCAGUGCCCAGACGGAUGAGGAAGCGACUCCUUAGGUCGAGCUGUUGGGUGUUGAACAUGUUUGCGGGCGGCAAGAAAGGAGACCCCAUCCAAACCUUUGCUGGAGCUACUUCGUCAAGACAUAGGGGCGAGGUUGUGGUGAUCAACGUCGAUGUAACUUUGUCGCCGGGGUGGAACCUUCAAGGGGAGCUCUAUAAGGCCCUCCUGUGGGGAGCUAUGAACUCGAAGGUGAAGGCGGUGAUCUCCUCGCCCCCUGUCGGAGGUUUGUCCAUGGACGGUGUGACGGAAUCCAAUGGGAGCCCAUCGCAUAGAUACAUGAAGGGCUUUGAGAUGCUGUCCAAGACGCUCUUUCUGUACCUGGUGGCCUAUACAGCCUCCGAGGGUGCGGAACCCUCGUUGUCAGUUGGUGCGCCAGUUGACAGUCGCGGAUUUUGGGAGCUUGAGAUGGUUAAGGGCUUCCAGGAAGUGGUGAAGGAGAUUGGAGUUAAGGAGUGCGUGCUUGAGCAAGGUGCUUUUGGACAUCCUGAGAAAGCUCCUGUUAGGCUUCUUCACAAUGUUGGUUUGGAAGUUCAUCAUGGGCUGAAGGACUCGCGUCCCGACCACCUACGUCCCCCUCGAGAUCCUGACUUUCCUGAUCGAAGAUGGUGUCCAGGCCUACGACGUGCGAUACUUGAAGGCAUUAAGGCUUUGGGCCUUGGGGAUGGUGCAGAGGGCUAUGAGUCGGAGGGCGAGUGCGAACUUCGGAAAUUGACCAAAGAGCAGGGUUGGCGACUCCACAUUCAACGAGACCAUGUUCCUUUCAGAAAGGACUGCGAGCAGUGUGUGAUGACUUUGGGAACGGGGCGCCCGCACAGGCGAGUUCACCAAAAAAGCUGCUAUGUGCUGAGUGUUGAUGUGGGUGGUCCUUUGAGAUUCCCCAGCAAGGAUGCACACGGCUCUGGGUACAAGUACUUCCUGGCGGCAUCCUACACCAAGCCCCGCUUCUCAGACUUAGAGCCGCUUGAUGAGGACCCGCCACCCGACCUUGCCGAUGAGGACUACGACUUCUCUACGCUUGAGGACGGGGAGGUCGACCCUGGAGGGAUAGCGGACGACGAGUUCAGUGCACAAGGCGGUGUAUGGGAUGAAGAUGAGCUUGCCGAGUACGAAACUUCGGAGGCAGACGUCAAUGAAGACCCGGCAAUGAAGAAGGUUCACGGCACCAAUGGACUGUGGGACGAUGAUGAUUUGGCGGCCAUCGAACAGGAAAAGGAUGCGAAGGCCACGGAAGAUGAGGAGGGGAACGCGGAGGCUCAGACGGACUUUCUCUACUACUUCAAGCCUUUGAAGGGGAAGAGCGGGAAGCAUGUCCUCAAGGCGAUACAAGAAGUGGUUCUACAACUACGAAUGGAAAACCUUCCUGUGGUUCGGAUUCAUGCGGACCGGGCCCACGAGUUGAGAUCGGAAAGCCUUCGUCAGUGGACCUUAGACAACAAUAUCCUCCUCACGCGGACGGAGGGCCAGUCCCCCCAGUCCAAUGGGACGGCUGAGCGAGCCGUUCGUUUCCUAAAGGGGCGGGCACGUUCGCUACUACGAUCUGCUGGACUACAUCCACAACACUGGGCCACCGCCAUGGCUACAGCAGCACAUCGUCAACGUGAAGAUUGUUUGCGACCAGAAGCCACGAGUGUACCCCCUGCGUAUGGCACGAAGGUGGCGAUAAAGAAAAAAUACUACGGCCAAGGCGGAAAACUUGAUCUACUACCUCGAUGGGUUAAGGGAACCUACAUGGGGCCGGUGUGGGACGUUAACCAGGGCUCAGCAAUACUCGAGGAUGAGACCAACCGCUUCACGGUGUCUACGCAUGUGAGGGCAAAACUUGUGGACCCAGGCACUAUCGACCAGGAGCCGGAGUUGAAGGUUGAACCACCGCCCAGGAGAAGAUUGUCAGCAAAGACUACGGUGGACAAGGACGGGUUGAAGAUAAAGGCGAUGUCUGUGAAGGAGGCACGAGAAGUGCAAGGGAAGUUGCAAAGGGAGAUAGUGGAGUUUCUCAAGACUGGCGACCACCAGAGCUUGGCGAAGAAGGUGUGCGAGUUAGUUACCCUGGCCUUUCCUGAAGAGGUGUUCUCCUCUGUGACGAUUGUUCGUGAUACUUGUAUGCCUGUUCACCGAGAUUGCUUCAAUGAUCGCAAAACCUAUAACCUGGUUAUCCCCUUGGAUGUGACGGGUGAUGCAGCGGUUUGGGAGGAGCUUUGUCCUGGUGAUCAAUUUCUGGGAAGCUAUGAAACCAGGUCAGACCUCAUCGGCUCCAUUGUGCAGUACAACCAAGUGAAGGAGGAAGAGCUUCAGGAACUGAUAGAAAUGGGCUUCCAGAUCCUCGGUGUUGAGGAGUACAUCAUGAAGCGAGCUGAAGUACAAGAACACCGGGAGGCUUUGCAUUUACCGUGGGUGAUUGAAGACGAAGAUGUAGUUCACAACUUUAGUGGAAAAGACUCCCCAGCCGAAGUAGAUGAGGAUGUGGUUCGAUGCGCAAAGGCGGCUGCAGACAACCUCUACACCUAUGGCAUUGAGGAGAUCUUAGAAUCACUACAAGAUGAACUACGUGUUGUUCAUACAGUCCACCCUCGUGAAGUAGAUCAGCACCUUCCCAGUUGGAUUCCAGCCCUGAAGGCCGAGAUGAGUACUCUCGAGGACAUUGGCGCCAUCAAGAGAUUGGUAGGGCAGGCUGCGAAGGACUACUUGAACUUACCAGGAGUUCAGGUGGUGCCGGGGAAGGCCGUCUACACGGUGAAGCCCCCAAACAAACCGGGCUCCAAUUAUCGUCGCAAAGCCCGUAUUGUGGGCUGUGGAAACUUCCAGGCGAAGGACGACUCGGAGCAGAACUACUCCGGCGGAGCUGCUGCGGAGGCGGUGAGACUUGGUGUUGCCCAAGCGGCAAGGCGAAUAUGGGCCAUUUGCACAGGAGAUGUGGUGAGCGCCUUUUUACGGGCGCCUGUGCCGCAGGGCACGCGAUUGGCGUUGAGGCCACCAGCAGUUCUUGUGCGCGCUGGAUUAGCUGACCCCAGCGAGUUGUGGUCAGUGCAUAUGGCACUAUAUGGAUUUAGAAGUAGUCCUCGCUGGUGGGGCUGUCACAGGACAGGCAUUAUGAAGCAGGCGGUCACACCGGGCGGCUUGACCUUCCACCAAGGAGUUGCAGACUCUGAGGUCUGGCAGGUGCGAAAUGGAGAAGGGGCCGUUCUCGGCCUUGUCAUAAUCUACGUGGAUGAUUUCUUCAUUGCUGCGCCGAAGGAGAUCUGCGAGGACAUUUACAAGUGGUUGGCGGAUACGUGGGAAACUACGCCCAUUCAAUAUGCCUCCUCUACCUCACCAAUCCGUUUCCUUGGAAUGGAAGUGCGAGAAGCUCGAACUGAGUCCGGGGAGUUUGAAGGGUACACCUUGGACCAAGAGGGCUAUCUUCAAGAAGUACUACGACACCGGAACGUGAAACCCGAGGAGAAGUCGUUGCUCCCGGCCACGAAGGAAACCCUUACGUUAUCGGCUGAUCAGGAUCCACCUACGUUUAGGCCGGAGGACCUCAAGCUGGCGCAAUCCCUUACAGGCGAACUCGCCUGGAUGGCCCAGCGUUGUAGACCGGAUCUAGCAUAUGUGGUGAGCAUUAUGGCGAGCUUGACUACCCGAGACCCAGUGCGGGUUGCUGCAAUAGGCCGAAAGGCCUUGGCCUACCUAAACCAUACGAGCUCGUGGAGACUGAGGUUUUGGACCGGUGGAAGCCCUACGUUGGUGACCUACACGGACUCUUCCUAUGCUCCGGACGGAGACCGGAGUCAUGGAGGCGCCGUUACGUUUUGGGGAACAUGUCCUAUCGCGUGGAGGAGUUCGCGCCAACAGUUGGUCACUACGAGUUCCGCGGAGACGGAAUUAGUGGCAGCUCAUCAUGGGUGCCAACAGAUGGAGUCAAUAGAUGCUCUUCUCACGGAUAUGGGCGAGACUCCGGAACAGCGGGUGAUCUACGUGGAUAAUGCUGCAGCGAUAACACUGGCGACUUCCGAAGGUGGGAGUUGGAAGACACGUCAUUUGAAAGUGAGACAUCGAGCUCUACGCCAGAAGGUUGAACAAGGCUGGGUCGAGGUUGUGUACUGCCCGGGCGAUCAACAGCUGGCGGAUGGACUCACGAAGCUACUGGCGUCGCAAAGAAUGAACCAGAUGAUGUUGUUUUGGGGAUUGUCGGCAGCUGGAGAUCAUGUUCGCCUACGGCAAGUUCAAGCUUCAGCAGAACAACAGAACCCAGAGCAACAAAGGACCGAGCAACGGACACUGGAGCAGCGCCAGCCAGCAGAACACACACCGACACCCACAGCACCACAUCCGAAUCCCGAAGGCCUGGGUUGUUGUUUGGGACUUAUUGUUAUUCUCCUAAACUUAGCUAAGGCUAGUGGUGAGGUUACUAACCCGGAAGCCCCAACUGCUCUGGCUGUGGAUUCGUCCUUGGAGCUGUACGGCGUGGUGUUGAUGCUGGGAAUAUGCUUUAUUGCUUUAUGGGAAUGUGGAAGAGUGUGCUGGCGAAACCGCGGUGAGGCGAUGCGCUUGAGGUCUCUUCAAGAAUCCCAAAAGCUGUCCAAGAAGGAGAUGCGCGAAUUGAAUGGUCUACUGAGGCGGAAUCCCGCCCAACUGCAAGGACAUGAGAAAGAACGGAUGAUCCAGUUGGCUGAGGCAACCGGAGUUGAUCUUUCAGGAAUCCUUGCUGGAACCGAAGGGCCACAGUUCGCUACUCCAAGUACUGUUCUAGGUGGAGGUGAGGUACCCCCACCGCCACCAAGCCCCUUCAGUGCUUGUGCGGCAGACGAAGAAUUCCUGAGGAAUAGAAGAGGGGAACGGCGUUCUCAACCGUCGCCUCCGCCUCCACCACCUACCUACGAGGACAUCGUUGAGGAAGACGAGCGGGCAAGGAGGACUACGUCGACCUUCUACCCCGCUCCGGAGCAGGUGUCAGCUGAAACCAGGACCUACAAGUCACGAUCGGUUGGAACUCAGGUCCAGAUGCUGAAGGA